GGGUACUUUUGGAAUUCCAUCUGCCCUUUAAAUUAACUUUUUCCUCAGUUGAAUUAGACGGCCCUUAAUUAAUUACAGUUAAAGAAAAGAAAAGAAAAAGAAAAAGAAAAGAAAAGAUUUACAAAACUACAAACGGAACGGUCUGCUUGGAACAGCGGUGACAGAGAUAGAAAGAGGCGCUACUCUCUUCUUCAACAGUUUGGUCUAGUUGAAUGGUUUAAGCUUCGCAUUUUUUUAUUUUUUUCAUUAUUCUUUGUAGAAAUUCUUUUGUUGUUUAAUUUUGUAGAAGUCCAUUAUAGUUUAAAAUGGAAGACAAGUUCAACUUCAAAUAUUUGUGUCUUCUGCGCUUGGUAAUGUAUUAUUAUUGAAGGCUGUGAAAGUAGAUCGAGAAGCAAGCCAAGUCUCUGAUCCAAUCAAUCUGCAUAAAAUAUGACUGCUGCUGUUACUCCUGUUGGAUCUCUUGUAUGGGUGGAAGAUCCUGAAGUAAUGUGGAUAGAUGGUGAAGUUGUGGAGGUUAAUGGCGAUCAAAUCAAAGUUCUCUGCACAUCUGGGAAGACCGCUGUUGUUAAGGCUUCUAAUGUCUAUCCCAAAGAUGCUGAAGUCCCAUCAUGUGGAGUGGAUGAUAUGACAAAAUUGGCUUAUUUGCAUGAACCAGGAGUCCUCCAGAAUCUAAAAUCAAGAUAUGAUAUGAAUGAGAUUUAUACUUACACUGGAAAUAUACUGAUUGCUGUGAACCCUUUUCAAAGACUACCUCAUCUUUAUGAUAGCCAUAUGAUGGCUCAAUAUAAAGGGGCAGCCUUUGGUGAGUUGAGUCCACAUCCGUUUGCUGUUGCAGAUGCUGCAUACAGACUUAUGAUCAAUGAGGGAAUAAGCCAGUCAAUUUUGGUUAGUGGUGAAAGUGGGGCAGGUAAAACGGAGAGCACUAAAUGCCUCAUGAGGUAUCUUGCUUACAUGGGAGGUAGAGCCGCUGCUGAGGGGAGGAGUGUUGAGCAGCAAGUUCUGGAGUCCAAUCCUGUUUUAGAAGCAUUUGGUAAUGCAAAGACUGUAAGAAACAACAACUCAAGUCGUUUUGGUAAGUUUGUGGAGAUUCAAUUUGACCAGGGAAGAAUUUCUGGAGCUGCAAUCAGAACUUAUUUGCUAGAAAGAUCACGUGUUUGUCAAGUGUCUGAUCCUGAGAGAAAUUAUCAUUGUUUCUACAUGCUUUGUGCUGCACCACCACAGGAUAUUCAGAGGUUCAAGUUGGGAAACCCAAGAACAUUUCAUUAUUUGAAUCAAUCAAACUGCUUUGACUUAGAUGGGACUGAUGAUGCUAAGGAAUACAUUGCAACACGAAGGGCAAUGGAUGUUGUUGGAAUAAGUCCUGAGGAGCAGGAUGCGAUAUUCCGAGUUGUGGCCGCUAUUCUUCAUCUUGGAAACAUUGAAUUUGCUAAGGGGAAGGAAAUAGACUCAUCAGUUCCUAAAGAUGAAAAAUCUUGGUUCCAUCUAAGAACUGUUGCUGAACUUUUAAUGUGCAAUGUCAGCCUAGAAGAUUCUCUCUGCAAACGUGUGAUUGUAACCCGUGAUGAAAUGAUUACAAAAUGGCUGGAUCCAGAGGCAGCGGCCCUCAGUAGAGAUGCUUUGGCAAAAAUUGUGUACACAAGAUUAUUUGAUUGGAUUGUUGAGAAAAUCAAUAGUUCAAUUGGUCAAGAUCCUGACUCAAAGUCCUUAAUUGGUGUGCUGGAUAUUUAUGGUUUCGAGAGUUUCACGACAAACAGUUUUGAGCAGUUUUGUAUCAAUUUGACAAAUGAGAAACUUCAGCAACAUUUCAAUCAGCAUGUAUUCAAAAUGGAGCAAGAAGAAUAUACGAAAGAAGAAAUUAACUGGAGUUACAUAGAAUUUGUUGAUAAUCAAGAUGUUUUAGAUCUCAUUGAAAAGAAACCCGGUGGCAUAAUUGCUCUUCUGGAUGAAGCUUGUAUGUUUCCAAGAUCAACACAUGAAACAUUUGCUCAAAAGCUGUAUCAGACAUUUAAAAAUCAUAAGCGCUUCACCAAGCCAAAAUUAUCUCGUAGUGACUUCACAAUUAGCCAUUAUGCUGGUGAUGUCACUUACCAAACAGAAUUGUUCUUGGACAAAAACAAAGACUAUGUUGUUGCUGAACAUCAGGCACUGUUAAGUGCUUCCAAAUGUUCCUUUGUAGCAUCUUUGUUUCCACCUUUGGCUGAGGAAUCUUCGAAGUCAUCAAAGUUUUCUUCAAUAGGUUCUGGAUUUAAGCAACAACUGCAAUCAUUGCUUGAGACUCUAAGUUCCAGUGAGCCACAUUACAUCCGCUGUGUAAAGCCCAAUAAUCUUCUUAAGCCAGCAAUCUUCGAGAAUGAAAGUGUUUUACAGCAACUGCGUUGUGGGGGAGUCAUGGAGGCAAUCAGGAUAAGUUGUGCUGGAUAUCCUACUAGGAAACCAUUUGAUGAAUUUUUGGAUCGAUUUUGCAUACUUGCACCUGAAGUUUUAAAUGGGAGUUCUGAUGAAGUCGCUGCUUGCAAGAGGCUCCGGAAAGUAGGACUUGAAGGCUUCCAGAUAGGCAAGACAAAGGUUUUUCUUAGGGCUGGUCAGAUGGCGGAUUUAGAUGGACGAAGAAGCGAAGUCUUAGGAAGAUCAGCUAGCAUUAUCCAGAGGAAAGUCCGUUCUUACUUGGGUCACAAAAGUUUUAUAUUGCUUCGCCGAUCUGCUAUUCAGAUUCAAGCUGCAUGCAGAGGACAACUUGCUCGUGAAGUUUAUGAGAACAUGCGGAGAGAAGCUUCCUCUCUUAGGAUCCAGAGAAAUUUCCACAUGUAUAUUGCUAGGAAAGCUUAUAAAGAUUUGUGUUCCUCUGCUUCUUGCAUUCAAACAGGGAUGCGCGGGAUGGCUGCUCGGAAUGACCUCCGACUCAGAAGGCAGUCUCAAGCAGCAAUUAUAAUUCAGAGCCAAUGCCGCAAGUACUUAGCACGGUCGCAUUAUACAAAUUUGAAGAAAGCAGCUAUUAAAACACAAUGUGCGUGGAGAGGAAGGGUUGCUCGCAAAGAGUUGCGGAAGCUUAAGAUGGCUGCUAGGGAAACAGGAGCUCUCCAAGCUGCCAAAAAUAAACUGGAAAAACAAGUUGAAGAACUGACAUGGAGAUUGCAGUUGGAGAGGCGCAUGAGGGUUGACAUGGAAGAAGCUAAAAACCAAGAAAAUGCAAAACUACAGUCUGCAUUGCAAGAGAUGCAGCUUCAGUUCAAGGAAACCAAAACAAUGCUCAUGAAAGAAAUUGAGAUUGCCAAAAAGGAAGCAGAGAGAGUUCCUGUUGUACAAGAGAUUCCUGUUGUUGACCUUACAGUGCUGGAGAAGCUUACAAGUGAAAAUGAAAAACUCAAGGCAUUAGUAAGUUCACUGGAAAGUAAAAUUGGUGAAACUGAGAAAAAAUUUGAAGAGACCAGCAAAAUUAGUGAAGAAAGGUUGAAGCAAGCUUUGGAAGCAGAGUCAAAAAUAUUGCAGUUGAAGACUGCUAUGCACAAGCUCGAAGAAAAAGUUUCUGACAGUUUGGAAUCUGAGAACCAUAUUCUUCAGUGGCAAACCCUAUUAAAAACACCUGUCAAGAAAAUGUCAGAUCAUCUAUCAUCAACAGAAACUCAGAGUUUGGAAAAUGGUCAUCAUGUGAAUGAAGAUGGAAGAUCCAAUGAACUACUGAGUGUUACACCUGUGAAAAAGAUGGACACAGAAUCUGAGAGCAAGUUCAGGAGAUCUCAGAUUGAAAAUCAACAUGAGAACAUUGAUGCCCUUAUCAACUGUGUAAUUAAGAACAUUGGUUACAGUAAUGGAAAACCUGUUGCAGCAUUUACUAUAUACAGAUGUCUUCUCCAGUGGAAAUCGUUUGAAGCUGAAAGGACUAGUGUGUUUGAUCGUCUAAUUCAGAUGAUAGGUUCUGCAAUUGAGAAUGAAGAAGACAAUGGUCAUUUGGCUUAUUGGUUAUCCAAUACAUCUUCAUUAUUGUUCUUGCUCCACCGAAGUUUGAAGGCUGCUGGUGCAACUCCACAUAAGAAACCACCCACUGCAACCUCCCUAUUUGGGAGGAUGGCCAUGGGUUUUCGCUCAUCUCCCUCUCCUGCAAGCCUUCUUGCUGCCGCUGCACCAGCAGUAGUACGUCAAGUGGAGGCUAAAUAUCCAGCCUUGCUUUUCAAACAGCAGCUAGCAGCAUAUGUGGAGAAAAUUUAUGGAAUCAUUCGAGACAACUUGAAAAAGGAGUUAUCUUCUUUCCUUUCAUUGUGUAUCCAGGCACCCAGGACAUCCAAGGGAAAUGUACGAAGAUCUGGGCGAUCCUUUGGCAAAGAUUCUCCUUCUAGUCACUGGCAGAGCAUUAUUGAUUGCCUCAAUACUCUUCUCAGUACAUUGAAGCAGAAUUUUGUGCCUCCAGUACUGGUCCAGAAGAUCUUUGCUCAGACUUUCUCAUAUAUAAAUGUCCAAUUAUUUAACAGUCUUCUUCUCCGUCGUGAGUGUUGUACUUUUAGCCAUGGAGAGUAUGUGAAAGCUGGCUUAGCUGAGUUGGAGCUAUGGUGCUGCCAAGCAAAAGAUGAGUAUGCAGGCUCCUCAUGGGAUGAACUUAAGCACAUUAGACAGGGUGUUGGAUUUCUGGUUAUACAUCAAAAAUACAGAAUUUCCUAUGAUGAAAUCACUAGUGAUCUGUGUCCUAUCCUGAGUGUCCAGCAGCUGUAUAGAAUAUGUACUCUGUACUGGGAUGACAACUAUAAUACUCAAAGUGUGUCUCCACAUGUCAUUUCCAGCAUGAGGUUACAUAUGACGGAGGACUCAAAUGAUGCUGCCAGCAAUGCCUUCUUGUUGGAUGACAAUUCCAGCAUUCCCUUCUCUAUUGAUGACCUUUCUAAUUCAAUGCAAGAGAAGGAUUUCAUGGAUGUCAAACCGGCAGAAGAACUUUCUGAAAAUUCGGCCUUCAAAUUUUUACAAGAGGCAUAGGAAGCUCAGGCUUGCUUGCUUUAUUUUUUUGUAGGGGUAGGCAGUGAAGUAAAAAAUUUCUGAUCAAAGACGGAGCCUGUUGUAAAUCCAAUCAUUUUUUCCCUUUUGACAUUUUUUUUAUGACACCCACGCCCCCUAAUAUAAAAAUUUCCAUUUGUUUAUUGUUUUUUGGUCAUUCAAGUCUGCAAAAUCCAUCAUUGUGAAGGGGCUGGGAAUAAAUGUGUAUAUAUAAAAAUAUUCUUGUUUGAUUACUCUUUCUUUAUUAUUUUGUAUUUUUGUGUUGGUGCCAAAAGGGAGGGGAGGGGCAGCAAUUUUGAUAGUUAGUGAAGUAUAGUCAGCUUGCAUAGUGAGGCCUUUUAAUGUAUAAAAGUAACAGGAAAUGAACAAAGAUAUAAAUUUUAUGAGAAUUAUAUGUUGAUUGAUUUCCAUGAA